CCUGAACCCUCAGCACGCCGGAGUUUUUCAAAGCUGGAGCAAGAAUAAGUAUUCCUUCAACAAUGCUGAUGUCUUGGACAAAAGCAUAAUUUGGAUCUAGGAAAAAACUCUUAGUUUCCAGAAUGGAUGAAAGUUCUUCCAGUAGUGGAACAGAUUCCCUAACCAGUGGAGAGAUUCCACGAAGCAGGUCAGAGGGGACUUUGCUUGAUGUAGACAACGGGACACCCUCAGACAGCUACAAUGCCAGUGAAAGUAAACUGGAUUUGGAUAUUGACUGGUCUGGUGUAUUCAAACAUGCCCAAACUGUUUCCAAGACUAAUCCUUUCUGGAAUGAACUGUCAGGCUCCAACCCUUUCAUACAUGACAUAGCUGCUUCAAAUAGAAAUAAAAAUGAUAAAUACCUUUCUAUCUUAAAAGAAAAUCCUUAUUUGUUCUCUAAAGUUUCUAGCAAUAGAGACUCUUUGGAUUCCUCAGGUGAUGAGCUAGAUAUUGAUUGUCUCCUAAGAAAGACUUCAGCAAGAAGAUCUGGACGAUCCAAGAGUGUCUCUGACUUCCUGGAUAUUGUUGAUAACCAAAGAUUUAAUCCUCACAAGACAGCACCUCAAAAAACUACAACUUCAGACAUGACAUGGCUUCAAAAUGACCGCGAAGCCUACAAGAUGGCCUGGUUGAGUCACCGACAACUCACCCGGUCUUGCCUAGAUUUAGAAGCCAUGAGCCACAGUCCUGGAUGGGCACAAACACAAGCUACAGACAUUCAUGUAGUUUGUAAACUGAAUCAUGAAGGGGGUUCAGUACAACUACCUGACUCAGAUAUCAACAUUCAUGUCCCUGUGGGUCAUGUAUUACCAGGGGAAUUCCAAGAAGUUGGUUUAAAGGCUAUUCUUAACCCUCCAUUGUCAUGUAACAAUGAGCUGUCUAGCACCGUAAGUCCUCUGAUAGAACUUACGCUGAGCAACCUCAACACAAGCAAAGCCAUUUUCCUAGAGGUGAAAGUUGCAGCUAAAGUGAAGAAUGAUCCACUCAGCCAAGCUAUGAGUGAUAUUGUGUGUUUUUUUAGUUUGAAUAAAGAAGGGCCUUUUAAGAAGCUAGAGAAUUGCUACACUUAUCAGGAUACCAUACAAGUGAAGCUAACGGACUUAAGUCAUGUGAUGUAUGCAGUGAUUGCCAUACAAGCAAACAAAAUCCAGCCUCCAGCAACUAAUGUCUGGGACUAUGUUCAUAGAAGAGUCUCAGUUGGAAUUUAUGGUCCCAAAUAUAUUCAUCCAUCUUUUACAGCAGUUUUUACAGUCUUUGGUCAUAACUACAUUCCAGGAAAACUCACAAUUUUUGAUAUAAGAAAAGGGGGUAAAAAUAUGCCUCCUGUGGUGUUUCAGCUGUGGGGAAAACAUACAUUUCUGCUUGAAAAAUCGCAAGAUCUAAACAUUUCUUUAGUAUCCUGUGAUCCAGAUUUUGAAGUAAAGAUGGAAGACCAAAGUAAAAAUAUUAAAGAGGAGGAGUUGAAAACUGGUAAAAUGGUCCACCAACAAUUCCUAUUCUCCCUGCUUGGAUGUAGGGAGAUGCAUUUCUUUGUUUUCCUUGUUCAGAUUAAAUUCUUAAAAAGUAACCAAGUAACACAGUUCCAUGUUACGACUCCUGAUCCAGCUCCAAAAUUAAGUGGGAUUAUCAGUAGACCAAGGCGUCUACAAAACCGCAAGGAAAUCAAGUCCGCGCCUUGGCUUUUGAUACCAACAGUAAAAUAUCCAAAGUUUCAAGAUAAAGCUUUGAGCGUUAAUACUUAUGGAGUGGCUUUGAAAACUGUGUUACGUCAAAAUAAGAUUGACUAUUUGCUGGAAUAUUUUAAAGGGGAUACAAUAGCGCUUCUUGGUGAAGAUAAAGUUAAAGCCAUUGGACAAACUAAAAUAAAAGAGUGGUAUGUAGGAGUUCUCAGAAGAAAGAUUGGCCUUGUACAUUGCAAAAACAUAAAAGUUAUUUCCAAAGAACAAGCUAUGGACACUGCUGAUAGUGAGCUAACAACCAGGAAUCUUGUUGAACAAAUUGCAUUGCCAUUCAAAAAACUGACUUACAUCUACUCAGUAGUUCUGUCAACAGUAUCAGAGAGUGUUUACGACUGGAGAGCUUUAGCUGAGGUGCUAGGAUAUUCACAUAUGUCUUUGGAUGACUUUAAUGAGGCACAUAUCAAUAAAGAAUCAGAGAGAGUUGCGCAUGUUGUGAAGAGGAUGAAGCAAGACUGCCAUGCUAACAAAAAAAAAAGACUAUUUCUUUAUGAACUCAUUAUUGCACUUUUGAAAAUAGAUUGCCAGGGAUUAGUGGCACGUCUUACCCAGGACACCAUCAUUUUGACUUCAGCUGUCAAGCUUGGCAAAAACUGGCGGGAGCUUGCAGAGAAGCUAGCCCGACUCACAAAGCAGCAAAUAGAGGCUUAUGAAGUGCCCCACCAAGGGAAAAAUGGAGCAGUAGCUCUGGAGAUGAUGUGGAAACCUGCAUAUGACUUUCUCUACACAUGGGCUGCUCAUUAUGGAGACGGUUACAGGGAUGUCUUACAAGAUCUGCAAUCAGCCUUGGACAAAAUGAAAAACCCAGUAACAAAACAGUGGCGAGAGUUAACAGGAACACUCAUUCUUGUGAACUGCAUGGAGGUGUUAAGGGCAAGUGCUUUCUCCAAAAUGGAGGAAGAAGAGUAGACAACCUAGAUAUGUUUUUGGAAAAUCUCUUGGAAAACUGUACUGCUGAUAUUUGUGUUUUAGUGAUGCUUGCAGAGCACGAUGGAAUGAAGUUUGUUUUAACUGAGUUGAUGUUGGGCAUGUGGUUCUCAACUACAGAUUGCCAGAGCUUGCUAAUGGCUCCUGAGUAAAUAAGAAAAGAAUAGGGGGUUAAACUAAUGAGGUCAACAAAAAUGACUUGAAUUCUAUAGGGUAUUUCCUAGAAGGAGCUAUUUCUGCUUGCACUGACUUCUAGCUGGAGAUCAGUUUUAAAAACAGACCUAUAGAUGAGUUCAGCCUGUGGGGCUUAGGUUUACAUUGUUUUCAGUGAAGUGUUAAAAUCUGAAUAUUUAAUACAUUAUUUUAUUUGGUGCUCAAACCCAUCAAGUCUAAGUCAAUGGGUGCAGGCUAGCCUAGAAAAAAACUUUAAGAUUUCUUUCAUCCUCAACUGGGAGAAAAUUAAUCUAAUUGUCUCACAAAAUAGGAACUCAACAGCUCCUGGAAAAAUAGGUGUGUGCUGCACAGUCCUUCCAAAAUAGCUUCUGGUGUCUGUUUUGAAGACUGGAAGAGAGACAGAAGAUAUAAUGUCAAAAGUGUUUGGUUUUGAUCUAUUUGUUAAUGUAACUAAACAGGGUCAUCUCUCUUUUUGUUUGUUUGUUUAUAUUUAAGCAUUUUUUCUAUAUUUUGCUGAGUGGAAAUUCCAGAAAAUUUGGGAAGCCCUGUUUGUGUACACUGUCCAUCCCUCUGAUUAUUUGCUUGUUCCUUCUCUGUUGCUAUUAAAUGAGUAUGUAGGGAAGAGAGACUUUGUAGGUUCAAAGGCUGUAAAAAAUUCAUACCCACUUCUGUUGAUCAUUUUCUUCUACCUUACAAGAGAAAGAAUAUGGGUGAUGACUACUAUUUUCUCAAAAAAAGUUAACAGUGGGAUGCUUUUUAGAUUAAUUUAUUUAUGGAAAAAUUAAUUAUCAUUAGUCAUAUGUUCUAAAAAGAAUUAUACUUAGAUGCCAUCAGUAAAAAUCUUUCAAUUACUGAGUAGCUUAUUGUAAGUACAGAAAUUACAGGUUGAAUAAUAGUUACGGGCUAAAAAAUUUUUUAACACUUUUUUUUACGUAAGAUUUUAAAUAUAUUUUUAGUUAAGUGGUAGAUCUAAAAGGUUAAAGCCCUUUUGAGCACAUUUGAUCAACAUUCAUGCAGAAACAUCAGCAAAAACUCAUGACAACCAGUUGAAAAGAAAAUUGGCAUUCUGCCAUCACUUGCGGUUCACAAGACAAAGCCAAAAUCUUUCAGAAGUACCACAAAGUUGAAGCAUUUCAGUUCAGAAUCUGUUCUUCCACUGUUUUCUUAGUUCAUCUCUGCUAAGAAGGGAGAUUUUGUGGUUCUAAAAAACCCCGGUAUAUUUAAAUGUUUUUCUUUCCCUCUCCUUUCCUCUAACCUGCUUUCUUCUCUACUUGCAUUAAGCUUUCCCAAAGCAUCCAUAGCCCAGGAAGGAGGCUGAGGAAAGAACACUUGCUCUUUUGCUAGGAAAGUUCACUCACCAGAAGGCCCUUUAGUAUCAGGGCAUGACUGAGUUAACAUGUGUACAAGUUAUCUGGCUUCAGUGGACUUGCCCUUGAUUUGCAAGAGAAUGAGGAAUUCAGCCCACAGAACAGUAAUUGUUUUUGCUGAUCAAGGAAAGGUGGAAAAAAAAGAGUCCAAUUAUCAAAGUUCCCUGUUGUUUCAGGUGCCAGCACCAAUUUUAUAUCUUACCCCAUGCAGUUUUAAAAAAGCUGUAGAGAAAAUAUGAAAUAAUAUUCUCUUGUGAUCUGCACUUCAGUGCAGAGACCAGCUUGUCCUUCCUUCUUGCAGGUAGUGAAGCCCCCAAAAGGUGAGAAAGUAUCUGCUGUCUUACUCUUUUGUUCUAGUAGGUAAGGAAAAGAUGCAUACUGGUUCCUUUUAAAAUUGACUUCUUUAAAGGUAAAAUGAUACAUUCAAAUAUUAAAAUAAUAAAUAUUAAAAACUGCUGCAAACUGCCAGGGAAAUUUUUUUAUAUUUCCUAGACUGCUUCUGCUUUCACCUUAGACCCUGCUCAUAGCAAACUGUCAAGCCUGAACAGGAUUUUGUUGUGGUGCAACGUCACACACUAUCUCUCUAGUUAAAACCUCAGGGAAAUACAUAUUUUGCUCCCUCAGAGCUGAAAUACAAGAGGACAUCACAGAUGAAAUCUUUCAGCUUCUUUCAGCUUUCUCACUAGCUGAUUUUCAUACUUCCCAGCAGGCCAUAUUCCCUUGGUUAAAGCCCUGCUAAGUCACUUUUUUAAGCUUUUUUUUUUUUUGUUAACCUGUCUGCAACAGCUAAGCAGCUCAGCUUAGAUCUGUUUCCGAAGAUGGAUCUUGGUUUCCAUCCUUUUUUUUCACAUCUUAAUUUCUUAUCUUUAGCAAAUGUGCAUUUACUCUCUUUUUCAACAAGACAUAGUAAUUUCUUAGUUCAGUCCUGUAUUUUCCUGUUAUUAAUACAAGUCAAAAGACAGGCAGAAGCUACCAGAAGCAUGAAUUCCUAAUUGUGUGAGUCUACCACACCCCAAAUAUGAAGGACAGGCUGCCCAAAGUCUUUGAGGCUGAAGAAUAAUCCAUUCUGAGAAGGUAGUCAGGGAUCAGGGACUCAGAAAGAGAAGUGUUUAGGGACCAGAGGCUGCUGCCUGUGACACUCAUGGCCGGUCCUUUUCACUGCUCUGAAACAAAGUUGUUUCUGUCUUGAACAAGAGUUGAAUUUGGCCCAGUAAAUUUAGCAAAUAUUGACUCAGUGAGUCAGUGUUCUCCUUAGCUUGCAGAAUUAUGCAACUGGUCCUCACAGUAUAUUUCUUUAAAAGGAAAUUUAUAUCUGUCUGUAGUUGUGCCAUAUUCUAGGGUCUUUGCUUUUUGGGUUGCUAAUUGUGCUCCUGUUUUUGCUUUGAGCUUCUGCUCAUAUGAAUGAAAUGUGCACUCGUGCAAUAUUCUGUUUACUUUAGCAGCCCACACUGGAUAUAUUAAAAAAAAAGUAUUAAAACCCCAUAUUUUAUUUAGUGGUCUAGUAUUCAAAACCACAAAAUGCCAGCUGAGAGUGGAAGCAGCUGCACUCAGCAGAAACACACAGCUAGAAGCACAUGGCUUAGGUAAACACACUCUGUUCUUGACCUUUUCUCCUUUCCUCCCACCCUGUCAAGAGAGAACAGCUUUCCCAUGGGCCUGCACACAUACUUUCUUGGGUUUCUUCAAAGUGAGAUGAGAUUAACAACUACUCAGGAGGAGACAAGGAAAAAUACCAGCCGCUGGUCUUUGCCUUAAAUGACCCUCUGUUUCCAAGUUUCCUAAUUUCUUUGUGUAGAAAAGAGCUGCGUCAGCUAGUUCCAUUUCCCUUUGAAUGUGUAGGCAGAAAAAAACCCCACCUUUCACCAUCCUUUUAUCCUCUGAAUAGGUGUUUCUUAAGUAAACGAGCAAAUAGAAAGUUGUGAGUGCAUCUGUUGCUUUAUGAUUCCACCUACCUGUAAAAGCUGGAAAAAUGGUUCCCUUGGCUGAGUCUGCUCCUGACUGGGACAGACACCUUCCACAAUGGGCAGCAGCAAGGAAGACCUAGCUGUCACUCAUACUAGAAAUGCUGGUUUUCAGUGAAGUUGGAAGCCAUUCCUGUUACAGUUAAGAGGCAUCUGAGCUCCAUGCCAUUUAAUGACACUGUGCAAUGAUAUAUAUCUGAAUUAAUAAUAGUCAAGAUUGGAGAGAAAAGGCAAAUUAUUUCUCCCUUCAGAAGUUCCAGUCCUUCAGUUGGCUUUGGGGAAGGGUUGAGUUCCUUAGGUUUUACUUGCUUCUUUUGGAAAGCACAAGUUUAGAAAAGGAAAAGAAAGUUUCUUUUAAAGUUUAAGUAAAGGGCAACUCCCCA